AUGGACGACUACAUGUUCCGCGAGCAUGUCAGCAAGUGCCGCCAGAUCUCGGAGGCGACGCAUUAUGUUGAAAUUCUCAACUAUUCGGCGCGGAAACGCGGUUUCUCCAUGAACAGCGAGAGACUAAAACCAAUUGACUUUCAGGACCCGUUCUACAACACGUGCGAGGAGCACCCUCUAACCAUGGACGAAUUUGACAACUUCCUCCACCGACGGGGCGCGUUCGAGCCGGCAAAGGUCAAAGAGGACGUCAAACUGCUCAACGGCAUUCGAUUAGUACUCCAGAAGAAUGCCAAGCACAAGGACACAUUUACGCCGCAUACAAUUACCUUCACGGCAGAUGCCUACCAGUCCAUGGUCCGCGCCAUGCGGUUGCCCUUCAGAGCCAUCGAGGGCACCAGCGUCGUCGGGCCAUUCUUCUGGUGUGCCUAUGACCAAGACGACGAUGAUCCCACUCUACCCGUCCCAGAAAUCAUCUUCCGCAAGUCCGACGUCCGUAAAAAGGGGAAGACGCGCGGGUGGGAGAUUAUGCUCUCGCAUUGCUUUAGCAACGGCAUCACGUCGGGCUACGUCAAGGGCACACCGAGCUCCGACAUCGUCGCAGCGAUCCAACACCUUACGUUCUGCGCGCGUCAGGUGGGCCACCCGAUGCUCUUGCCCAUCAUUAUCCUAUCGCACGACCUGUCGUCGCAGAACGACCAGAAGCAGCGCGACGCCCGCGACUGGCUGCGCAAGCUCGAGCACGCCGUCAGCAUGCGCAACGAGAUCGAGGACGAGGAAGGGUAUGUCAGCAAGGACGGGUACCUCGAGGUGGACGCCAUCAGCCGUGACCUCGUCGAGUGUCAUAGUCAGGUGCUGUGGAAGCGGCCGCAGGCGUACCUGGAGAUCGUCAAGGAGAUCGAGGCCGGGCUGCAUAAGUUCAAGGAGAAGGUGCCUGCCGACCACCUCACGCCCGACCUGGACAAGCUGCACCGGAGCAUGAUUGCCAGGUUAGACUUUUACCGGCUGAAGCUCAAGGGCAUUGAGAAUUACCAGGCGACGACGUUGGAGAGGCUACACAUCCAGCGGAGUGCGCUAUACAACCUGCUCUCUCAGCGAGAGUCCAAGAUUCAGUUUCAGAUGGCCGGUGAGCAGCGUAGACUGGCGCACGCCAGCAAGCGGGACAGCACGGCGAUGAAGACCAUCUCACUGCUCGGUGCCGUGUUCCUGCCAGGGACCUUUCUCGCGUCUGUUUUCAGUAUGACGUUUUUCGAUUUCGGAAACGGAGCGGACCCGGUCAUCUCCAAGGAACUCUGGGUGUACUUCGCCAUCACGAUACCUUUGACAAUCGUCAUCGUCGGCGGGUGGAUCGUGUUCGACCGGCGGCGCGAGGGCAAGUUCGCCUCCGAAGAUGCGGAUCUGGAGAAGAACAUUGAGCACAUGGAGGCGGACAUCAUGGCCAUGAUGCGGAAGCGGACGAUGAGCAAGGCCAACACGUGGACGUCGGUCACGUCGCCCAUACGGCCAUGA